AAAACGAGAGAAAAAUCCAGCAAGCAGUCUCCACAGGCAUGGAAAUCAGGCUAGAAGAUCUCUUUAAGCUCCGUCGACAGACACAGAGCCGGUAUUCACUGCGGGGGCUGGUGGAGCGCGAGCGUCACUUUGGGAACUUGGAAAUACUCUAAAUCUCCCGCUAAACAGGCGAACUCCUCUCCGUGGAAGUGUGACCAUCAAAUAAUCACCAGAAUAAAUGACAGAGGGCGUCACGAGUGAAUAACUGGGGAGAAGAAAGAAAUGAAUGAAAAGUCAGAGUAAGAAUCACGGCUCACUGGAGAGCGCUUCAUGUGGAACUUUUGGGAGGGAUUCUGAUAUUUACAGGAUCUGCAUUUGACGUUUACUGGGAGUCUAUAUAAACUGGAUUCUGAGCGAAAUCUGGACGUUGACUAAACGGACACAUAACACCUUUUAACACUGUGAUUCAGCUAAGUCCCUCAGUGCAAUGGAGCGGCAGGAGUAGCCGGGGAGGCAUAUUUUUCCAAAUUACUGGGUCAAUAAAUAAAAACGGACAUAUUAAGCUAACUUCAGCCUAUUUUCUUAAUUUUCCCAAGUGACUUUUCAUUUUAAAAAAAAGAGUGAAAAAGAAGGAAAGAAUAUGUCUGGAGAAGAGCAGAGUUUAUCUGAAGUGGAAAUGAGCCCCGGUGCGUCGGACGAUGGGCACGCAGUGUCGCCGUCCCACUCCGGUGCGAUGGGACCGGGGGGCUCGCCCUUAUCCGCGUCCCAGCAGCAGAUGACGGUAAUGGACAGCGAGGAGGCUGGAGCGGACGGGCCACCGUCAAGCAGGCUGGAUGACGAUGACGACCGCUUUCCUGCUGGUAUCCGUGAGGCUGUCAGCCACGUGUUGAAUGGCUACGACUGGACCCUGGUGCCCAUGCCGGUGCGCGUAAACUCAGGCAGCAAAGGCAAGCCUCACGUGAAACGGCCGAUGAACGCCUUCAUGGUGUGGGCGCAGGCAGCGCGAAGGAAACUGGCCGACCAGUACCCUCACCUGCACAACGCUGAGCUCAGCAAAACCCUGGGCAAGCUCUGGCGGCUCCUGAAUGAGACCGACAAGAGACCGUUCAUCGAAGAGGCGGAGAGGCUGCGCAAGCAGCAUAAGAAAGACUACCCCGAGUAUAAGUACCAGCCACGGCGCCGCAAGAACGGCAAGCUGGGCUCCGGCCGGGAUUCCGACGCCCACUCGGAAGGCCAGAGCCAAGGCCCCCCCACGCCUCCCACCACCCCGAAGACAGAGCUACAGUCUGGCAAGUCCUCAGAGGGGAAGCGGGAAGGCGGUGGCGCCGGCGGGUCCCGCGGUGGGCUGGGCGUCGCCAGCGAGGGGCCGUCCGGGUCCACGGCUGGCGUGGGGAAGCCUCACAUCGACUUUGGGAACGUGGACAUCGGCGAGAUGAGCCACGAGGUGAUGGCUAACAUGGAGCCCUUUGACGUCAACGAGUUCGACCAGUACUUGCCUCCUAAUGGACACCCGGGGGGCUCUGGGGGCGCGGCUUCCUCGGCCUCGCCCUACGCGUACGCCCUGGCUGCGGCUAGCGGACACUCGGCCGCCUGGCUCUCCAAACAGCACUCCCCCACAGGAUCGGACCCAUCCAAGGCCCAGAUAAAAAGCGAGUCGGGGGCAAGUGGCCCCUUUGCGGAGUCUGCGCCGGGCAGCUCCCAUGUGACCUACACCCCUCUGGGGCUGCCCCACUACGGAUCAGCCUUCCCCUCGCUGCCCUCCAGGGCCCAGUUCGACUACAGCGACCACCAGGCCUCCUACUACACUCAUUCCAAUCCCACCUCGGGCCUGUACUCUGCCUUCUCUUACAUGGGUCCCACCCAGAGACCCCUGUACACGGCCAUCAGCGAGCCGGGCAACGUUCCCCAGUCACACAGUCCCCCGCACUGGGAGCAGCCAGUGUACACCACCCUCUCCAGGCCCUGAGAGCGAAGGCGGGAGAUAAAAGCCCUCAGUCACGGCUCAUUUAGGAACCGCGGUGUGGACACGUAGAAGAUGGCGCAGACUGGAAGAGCGCGAUCCUAAUGUCAUCUCUGAAGUGCAAGAGGCUGGACGUUCAGUCUCUGGCCUAAGUUCGAAAUGCCUGAAACAAGUGUUGCUAUGUAAAGUUCCAUGUAGAUGCAAAAAUUUGAUAAAAUUAGACAUUAAGCUAAAUCAGACCCAUUAAGCAAGGUCAUAAAAGCCUUUCCUAUGUUACACCCAUGUGUUUGAUGGAGAAACCAAAAACGGGCAGAAAUAUUAUAUUUAAUUAUUACAGUGAGCAUAUUUGAACCCUUGUAGAUAUAAUAGUAGUUCUACACUGUAUAUGCAACACAAAAGGACAAUGUGUAAAUAUGUUUUACACGGGACAUGCUUUGUCAACAGAUUUUCCCAACAGGACAGGUUAUAAUGAAGUAAUUUCCUGGUGUGGUUGUUAAUGAAGUAUUCAUCCUCUAUUCUUCCACUGCUAGAGCCUGUAACAGGAAGUAUAGAGCACAAGGCAGGGGGCACCCUGGGCUGGACGCCAGUCCAUCGCAGGGCACAAGGCAGGAGACACCCACUCAAACACAGGGAAGCUUAAAGGAAGCCCUACCCACAUCAUCAUCAAGCAAAUUAUUAAAACAUAAUUACCUUCAUUUAUGUUUUUUAUUCCCCUUGCCUGCCAUAUGGGGCAUGGACAGCUAUAUUCACCUUUGGUUUUAAGAAUGAAAUAUUCUUCUUUAGCGAUUCCACACAGGCUGUGUUAAGGCUGAUGCAUCGAGCGCUGCUUCUGGGUGGAGUUAGACAAUUUGGUUGGGGCAUGGAGGCGUUGGGCCAGACACGUGUGUGCAGAGAGGCAUGGAGGGACUUGACACACGUGUGCAAUGCUGCACGGCAGCUCAGUGCAGGCACGUCUCCGCUCUCCCUGAACCCCCUCCCCCACACCCCGGCUCCAGUCCCACAGCAGGACACCAAAGCAUUAGGAAAACUUCAAACAGUCCUUGAAAGAAGAACAGCUAUUUUAUACAGAGAAAUUGAAGUUUUUUUUAUAGACCAAACUGAAGGCUAUUUCUGUCAAAGAAGAAAGCAGUUUCUUGUGUUUAUAUAUUUCUUUUAAAUCAUCAUCACACUCAGAAUUCUGCGACGCUGGGCUGAUCUGGGGUUUUAUCUUCAUGUCAAAUGUUUAGUGUGAAAUUCUGGCUUUGUGCUUCCCAUGGACGGCCUCGCAUUGAACUUUCGUGUGUUUUUCUUUAAUAGUGAGCUGUUAAUCACAAUAGAGUGAGCAAAUGUGUGUAUUUUUUUUUGAGAGUGAGAGUAAGACAUCCUGUCACUCCACUUUGUACUGCUGGAUCCCCAAAGUAAAGGUUCAUGGGAGUUUUUCUUGUUCUGAGGGCAGAUUGAAAAAUUAUUUAUUGAGAGAGAUAACCAAUCAUGUUGUAGGGUCCAAGCAACUAGAGGAGGCGGGACCAACCAAUCAAAUGUCGUGGUCUUGCCUCCCCUAGUUUCUGAUUGGUUAACUCUUUGACCCCAUCAUUUUUCGUUGUGCCCUCAGAACAUCCAUCCAUCCAUUUUCCAAACCGCUUAUCCUAUUGGGUCGCGGGGGGUCUGGAGCCUAUCCCGGAAGCAAUGGGCACGAGGCUGGGAACAACCCAGGAUGGGGGGCCAGCCCAUCGCAGGGCACACUCACACACCAUUCACUCUCACAUGCAUUCCUAUGGGCAAUUUAGCAAGUCCAAUAAGCCUCAGCAUGUUUUUGGACUGUGGGGGGAAACCGGAGUACCCGGAGGAAACCCCACGACGACAUGGGGAGAACAUGCAAACUCCACACACAUGUGACCCAGGCGGAGAUUCGAACCUGGGUCCCAGAGGUGUGAGGCAACAGUGCUAACCACUGCACCACCAU